CCAAUUUUCCGAACCCUCCCUCGCCGGCGCCGCCCGCCCGCCGACCACGCCUGCCUGGACUCCCCCUAACCGGAGCCGACGCGGCGGCUGCUCCGAUUGCCCCUUCCUCCCCAUUCCUCUCGUCGAGCCCCCUCUCCGCCCCCCACGCCGCGCCGAAUCAGAAGGGGGGUAUUGUGCCUCCGUCCCUUCCUGGGUCACAGUCGCACCAGUAUCAGAAGGGACUUAUCUAAUUUGGGGAUCUGUUCAUGAGUUUUCAGCUGUUAUUUAGAUAGCAAACUUGGGACAUUCAAUGUAAGAUUUGCACCCUGUCCUUGUGUGGGCUGUAACUGUUUUUCAGUUCUGAUGGAGCCAGAAGCAGGCAGUGCGCCUAAUGGUUGUACAUCCACAGUAAAGGAAUCAGAAGAGCAGCACAAUUUGGAAGAUUGUGAUAAUGAUGGCUCAUGUAUUUCUGGGAUUAAACUUAUUUCUAGUAUGGUUGUAAAGAAAAAAAGGGGGAGAAGAGCACCUCCAUCUUCUAGAAGGUUAAGCGGUAAUAGAGUUUUUAGCAAUGAAGAUGCUGUUGAUAAUUGCAACCAUGCUAAAGAAAGCCAGGCUGGUAAUUCUUCUGAUGUGGCGUUGUCGCCAUCAAGUAGGAAGCCAGAAGAUCAAGGUCAGUCAGCAAACCCCAAAAAUUUGUUUGAGAAAGCGACAGAGAUGAUUACUGAAAGCCCAACUGGUUGCAAGAAAUCCUUUUGGGAAGAAAAGGAAAGUGAUAAUAAAAGAGGCAGGCAAGCUACACUUCGUGCGAAACAUGGUGGGCUUGAUAUUGAAACAACAGGCAAGGGUGUCUCUGCAAGUGAAGCUUGUGAAAAUGCCAGUACACCGGAAGAUACUUCCGCUGAGUUUGCAGCAGCAAGGAGUGUUAAUCCUGAGGAUAAUUCUGUAGAUCCUAUGGAUAAUCAGGUGUCUGAUGCACAUGUGAUUACCACAUCUUCUGAGGACAAGAGUUCCGAAGAAGUUGAGGACGUGAAAGUGUGCGACAUUUGUGGGGAUGUUGGUGAGGAGGAGAGGCUUGCUGUUUGCACUAGAUGCAAUGAUGGUGCUGAGCAUAUUUAUUGUAUGAAGGUAAUGAUGGAAGAGGUUCCAGAAGGUGAAUGGUUGUGUGAAGAGUGCAAAAAUGAAUUGGAAUUUGAUAAGGAGAAAAAGAAACUAGAAAAAUCUCAGCUGAAGGUUGGUGCUUCAAAAGGCCAGUUCUUUGAAAGGAAACCCGAUAAAAUUGCUAAUGCAUCAAGCAAUUCUUAUGACGAUGAAGCCUCAGAAUCCUUUCAAGGGAAAAAUAGUAAACUUGACACUGCUUUGAAGAACAAAAGUUCUGAAAAUGGAGUGAAGGAUGAAGAUGGAGAUAAUAAAGAGUUGAAUUCAACAAAUCAAUGCAAUAAUAUCACUAUGAAGAGGAAGGAUGAAGGUGCAGAGAUCAUUUCCUCGAUCAGACAAAGUAUUCCUGAACGUUGUGGUUUAUCCAUGGGAGUUGAGCCCAGAAAAAGAUUGCCGUUGUCGCGUGAGAGUUCAUUUAGGUUAGAUGUGGUGAAGGGAAAGCAAUCCACUACCCAAGUGCCAACUUCAUUGGCAUUUGAUGCUGCCAAGAAUCUGGGACCACCACUUCGUGGUCAAUUUUCCAAGUCCACUUCUUUCAACAACUCAAAGGUCCCCAAGGUGAAACAGCUAGUAAAUGAAGUUCCACCGAAGCCCAACAAUUUGAAGGACCAUUUAUCCUAUCUUGCGAAAAAGGAGGGGCCAGUGGGCAUACUUGCUAAGUCGCCAUUUUUUAAGAAGCCAAAAUCUUGCGAGUCAGGAAAUAAGGCAAAGUCUUCGCUGUUACCACUUAAUGAGGAGUCAAAAGUCAUGAAUCCACCAGUGAGCCAUAAUGUAACAAGUGAUAGAGUCACUUCUAUAUUAGGGUGUCCAUCUGUUACUGCAUCGAUGACUAACCAAGCUUCGUCUAAAGAAGAAUCCAAAGCUCAGCAUCUCGCUACAGGCAAUAACAUGGGUGACUCAAAUAAUUUAAGCAUUACUCAUGGACAAGGUGGACGAUGCUCUCUUGGAUACUCUGAGGUAAAUAAGCAGCCUCUAGCAAAAGCUCCUGGAAGUAAAAUUGUAAGUAGUGCUGAGAAAUCCUCCAGUAUUCUUGGCUCUGGGGUCCAGAGAAAAGUAAUUCAGAACACAGAUCCUGCACACCAGGAUGAUAAAGCAAAUGAUCCAACAAGCUUGAGACCUGGUGCUAUUAGUAGCAAUCUCACGAUGCGUUGUCAACGAUGUAAUGAAGCAGGUCAUUAUACACAGUUCUGUUCUGUCGACAAAAUUAGCUUGUCUGCAGUAAAACCUGUAGGUGAACGGAACAUGAAGGAUUCUUCUGCUAAAAGGAAUAAAACAUCUGAAGCUACUAAUAUGAUAUCUGCUGACAAAGCUGCUUUCAGAUCAGUGGAUCAAUCUGAGAACAUCCUAAAAUGGGGUCCUUGUCACAACCCAACCUAUAGGCCUAAGGAUCCUUUGUCCACCUCAUUUGGUCAUGUGAAGAAGCCCUCCCAAUUGUAUGGGCGAACUGGUGAGCAGGAUAUAAGAAACACGUCGAACAGUAGAGGUUCCACAGAUUGUAGCAAGUUGAAACCCAAUGAGUGUCAGCCUGUAUCAGUCAUGGCAGGAAGAUUUGUUUAUGACAGCUUUACUAUGCCAGAUUCUCUGGUGGACAAAUCUAAUCAAGUCUUAAUACCUGGUUAUGGAUCAAAAGUUUCAACUGUUCCAGAGUUGGAUUUUAUAUGGCAAGGUGGUUUUGAGCUUCGGAGGACUGGAAGAUCACCUGAGCUCUGUGAUGGUUUUCAAGCCCACUUAUCAUGUUCUGCUUCACCAAAAGUUCUGGAAGUAGCAAAGAAAUUCCCUUCAAAAGUCCAGCUGGAGGAACUUCCUCGUCUGAAUUCAUGGCCAAGACAAUUUCAGGAAAAUGGUCCUUCGUAUGAGAAUAUUGGUCUUUUCUUCUUUGCUAGAGAUACUGAUAGCUACGAAAAUCAUUACAGUAAAUUAGUUGAAAAUAUGCUGAAGAAUGACUUGGCUCUCAGAGGAACCAUUGAAACAGCUGAGUUGCUUAUAUUCCCUUCCAAUAUCCUGUCAAAGAAUUUCCAAAGAUGGAACAUGUUCUAUUUUCUUUGGGGUGUAUUCAGAGUAAGAAAAAAAGGCCAGAUGAACAUUCCACCUGGUGUGACACUCAGUACUUGUAAGCCCAAUCUGAAUAUGGAUGUGGAUCAAAGCAUCUCUAUCUUGACAUCUGAUCAUUCAUUGUCCGAAGGUCAGAAUAAUGGUGAUAAAUCAGAUCAUGAUUUGGUGAAGUCGGUUCCUUGUGAAGACUACCAAUGUCCUCAGACUACAGGAAAUCCUUGUGCAGACAACCAAUGUCCCCAGACUACAGGAACCGAUCCUCAGGGGUGUUCAAAUGGAGAGAACAUCUCAAAUCAGCCUUUGAGAAGAAAUGAAUCGAAAGAUCACUGUCAUGUUUCAAUUACAGCCAGCAGUUCAACAAAUAACAGCACUCAGCUGGCAACUGAACAACAGAAAUUUUCUUGCUCAGAAGACCAAGACACAAAGGAUUCCUCCAACAGUAAUGCUUGUGAACCAAUGCUUGAUGUUAAUACAGUGCCACUUGCUUGUUCUAUUUCCUCAGUAUGUGAGAAAGGAAAGGGCAUCAGAGCUAUCGACCUCAAUGAUGCUGAUAACCUUGUGGAUGUAGAUAUUAGUACUUGUGAGGUGAAUUCUGGUACAGUGGAUCCAGUUUCGCACAUCACAGCUACUCCACACAAAAGAAGUGUUGAGGUGGCAAACUGGGUUGAUGAAGUUAAUGGAAAACUAGAGCAGAAGAAAAUUAAAUUGGAUUAUAUUGGGUCGGCAAAUUCUAGUUUAAGUGAGAAUACCAGUGAUGGAAGGCUGUCAUCCAAGGUGCACCCCCUUGUAUCUUCCUCCUUCGAUGAUUCAGUUGACCAGUCAUUGGCAGGAAGCUCAAAGUGUAACGGAAAGCGCAUAUUUUCGCUUGAUCUAAACGCAAUGGAUGAUCCAGUGACUGGAAACGUUGUAAAUCUGUCAUCAGAUGAUGAGGGCAUGCCUGAGCGUGAUGUGCCAGAUCUUGAGCUAGAACUUGGGGACAACAAAUUUCCCAGAAAUACCAUGUUUUCGUUUCUUCCCCCUAAGGCUGGAGAAAAUCAGAACAAGGAACAUUCAUUGCCUACCGAUACGCCAGGUUCCCUCUCCCUCUCUCUUGCCUUUCCAGCAUCUAGGGAACAUGCUGGUAAGUUGCAACCAGAGCUACAGAGACAGCUGCCUGAGAUGAGCAGCCGGAAUAAGAUAUCUUCUAUUUGGGACCGACAAUGAUGGCUGCCUGCUCUUGCAUUCCUGAUUGUCUUGUGGGACAGAUCGGGGUCUUUGCAUCCUCUGGAGAAAAUGUCUUGAAUACAGAAUAUACUCUGGUGCACUGACAAGUAGUUUCAUUCAGGGUGAAGUUUCAACCGCUGUCCCAAUACACACCUGAAGUUCUGAACCACUGAACUGCAAAGAACAGGGGUUCCGAGCGUGAAUGUUGUUCUGCCGAAAAGAGUAAGCUGCCUUUCAGAACAUAUGAGUUAUGAUAUGAAAGUUCGUUAUCUGCACUGUAAAUUUCUUCAUGUCAAGCUCAUGCAAGUUUUGGUCUUAAGCUGGAAGCCAUCUCAAAUUUAAGAGGUGGCUACCAUGGGGGUAAAUGGCUGCUACUGUCUGAGAUCAGUAUAUAAAUGUUUCUCUUUUGCGUGAAAUAUUCCCGUGUUACCGACUUACCGUUCAGUUUGUCAUGGUGUGUAUACCGCUAAAACGCUGAGCAUACUAGGACUAACGCCGUGUUCCGGUUUUCUCCGUGUCACUUUACCUACCCAAGCAGGGGCGGAACAAAAAUGUACUAAGCCUAGUGUUUAACAAUAAAAUAUAAAUCUUCU